CUCCUCCUCCUCACUGACACACGCAGCCUGGUGUGUAAUUGCCCCAGCAGCGGCGGUGGUGGAGGAUGAGGAGAGGCUCACGCUCGCCGCAGCAUCAGCACCAUCAGCAGCAGCAGCAGCAGCAGCAUCGUCAUGUCACCGCCUGCACGGCCACUGUCUGCCCGCCGCCUCCAGCUGACUGCUAAAACACGCAGGAGAGAGACGUUGCUGCGGCUUCCCAGUCCAUCCGUGUAGCCAUCAUGAACCACUUUGGGAAAUUCAUGCUGCUUCUUGUGUUAGCCUUCGUCGCUAUCCAGUACGUGGCCAUCAGCACCUUCUUAACCAACCCCUUAAGCCUGUUGUACUCUGUGGUUGUGGUACCCACACGCCAAGCUGUUAACUGUAGCCCUGAGACCCUCUCCUACACUUCAUCGGCCCCUGCCUUCUCUCCACCCACGAAUGAUUCCAACGUGAGAACGCACAUCCUCAUUCUGGCCACGACACGGUGCGGAUCCUCCUUUAUUGGGCAGCUGCUCAACCAGCAUCCAGAGGUGUUUUACCUGUUUGAGCCCCUGUUUCAUGUCCAUUCGAUGCUGCGUCCUCACCUGGAACAGAGUCGGGACUUGGAUUGGAGGAAGACAUUGAUGGGAGCAGCCAGAGAUCUGUUGAGGUCUCUGUACCACUGUCACCUCAGUAGUUUGGAGAAUUAUAUCCAACCCUAUCCUACCAACCACUCCACUGACCAUCUGUUCAGACGAGGCGCUAGCCAGUCUCUGUGCUCUCCUCCUGUGUGCAAGGUUCCUCAAGGUCCACAUGAGCAGAGCCUGGUGCUGAAUGACGAGAGGGAGUGUAAGAAGAGAUGUGGGCCGCUCAGCAUGCCGCUGGCCUCUGAUGCCUGCAGAGCCAAACGCCACACAGCCAUCAAGACAGUACGCAUUCCCCAAAUUAGUGACCUCAGAACGCUGAUCGAGGACCCAACACUCAAUCUAAAGGUGAUCCAGCUUGUCCGAGACCCGCGCGGCAUCCUGGCAUCUCGUAUUGAGGCAUUUCGCGACUCUUACCGGAUGUGGCGUCUGUGGAGAGCAACUGGACGCCGACCUGCUAACCUGGACCUGGGACAGAUCCGCACGUUGUGUGAGGACGUUCUCAAGUCUGUGUCCAUAGGCCUGGCCAGACCCGACUGGCUUAAAGGGAGGUACAUGCUGCUCAGGUAUGAAGACAUGGCCAGGUUUCCUCUGAAGAAAACCAAAGAACUCUAUAGGUUCCUUGGUCUGGAUCUUGACCAGAGUGUGAAGGACUGGAUCAACAACAACACUCACGACAGCAGUGGUGUGUCGUCCCGACGUAAGUUCACCACAAUUCGAGACUCUGCUGCUAAUGCAGAGAACUGGAAGACGAAGCUCUCGUUUGACAUGGUGGUUUACAUUCAAUCUGCCUGCAAACCACUUCUGCAGCGUCUGGGAUACAAAGCUGUCUUCCACUCAAGAGAACUGAAGAACUUUUCUCACUCUUUGGUGGAGGACAGGAUGUUUCUCCCUUUUUUUUAGUCGGGACUAACGUUUUUAACGUUCGUCCAGUGUGUGUUUAGACGGGACAUUAUUGUGCAGGUCCUCUGUGAUCCAGGUCUUCGUAUCCAUGGGCAACCAUUUCAACCAACACUCCAAAACAUAUGUCAUGAAACAUCCACAGAACAUCAGCUCUUAUCAACAAUAGUUCCUAUUUUAAUUGUGAAGGUCCUCAGCCAUCCAGGUCUUUGUAACCAUGGGAAACCAUUUACUGUUUGAGCACACAUAUUUGUAAUUAUAUAUUUUGUAAAGACAGUAAUUGAAACCAUUUAGGAAUCUCAUUCAUAAAAUGGUUGAAUGGUCUGUUUGUUAUUUCAUUAAAAGGCCAGGGAGACAAAAAAC